GUCAAUAGUACACUGAGGAGUUUAAAUGUGGAAUCUAAUUUCAUCAGUGGAAAUGGAAUACUCGCUCUUGUAGAGUCACUUCAAUAUAACACAUCACUGGUUGAGCUGAAGAUAGACAAUCAGAGUCAAGCUUUUGGCAAUAAAGUGGAAAUGGAAAUUGCAAAUAUGUUAGAAAAAAAUUCAACGCUUUUGAAAUUUGGCUAUCAUUUCACUCAACAAGGCCCCAGGCUGCGAGCCUCAAACGCAAUGAUGAACAAUAAUGAUCUUGUGAGAAAGAGAAGGCUGGCCGACCUGGAUGGCCCAAUUUUUCCAAAAUGUCGAAGUGGGGUGUAG